AUGACCACGUCUCCCGGGCCAAUAUAUUUCCCACGACACUUUACCGCAACUAAAUAAGUUGGCAAAACUAUUGGCGCAGGUAUCUGAGCGCGCAUGAAUGUCCCUUAGCCGCGCUGUUGCCCGGUUAGGAUACCCUGCAGGUUCUUUCACCUGUUCCGUCUCGAGGCCACCCUACUUUACGUCGUGCAGCACCCGCCUUUCGCGUCAAGAGAGACCAGAGACGAUUCUUGACUGUCAAACACGACCCAUCCCUUUCCUAUGUCCCAGAUGUCGGCACCAUGAUUUAGAUAUGGUGAUGAAAAUCCUCGUCGACUUGCCCAUGCUUUGCGGCGUCGAAGUGGGGGUGAAAGUGUACAAUGUCAUCCUCCGUGGCUUGAUCACAAAUGGAAACCCGCAAACGAUUUUCAACUGGCUUAUGAACAUGCCUCAAAAGCCGAAAAAUAUGACGCCUACCCUUUUACAGUGGCACAUGUUCUUCGAGUGGUGUGCUGAAUCUGGCCUGGCGGGGGUACUUCAUCAUAGCGUCUCCAAGAUGCAUCGCUCUGGACGUCGUCCCACCAUCAAAACAUUUGAAAUUCUAUUCAACGCUCUCUUCGACUACUGGCUGCUCCAAUCAAGAAAAUUUACUGACGCUCUAGAUAUCAUGGAACAUACCUCAUUGACGUACGAUGAGAACUUCGCGAAACUUCUCUACGAUGCGCAGGAGAUGAAGGACAAUUAUUGGAAACGUUUUAGCAAGAGGUCGAGGACGACAGAUCCCCAAAUGAUCGAGUGGACAGAGAGCAUAGAGAGAGAGGCUGAGAACAAGGGGAAUCGCUGCAGCUGUAACUCUAUGCAAGUCAUUGCAGAAAGACGGUUUCAAACUCACUCCGCACACCCUCACACUUCUCAUCCGGCGUACACACCGCCUCGACCACCUUCGAUACGCGGAAGCCGAACUACACCUAAGGCAUCCAUAAUUCAGUGGGCCAUCUUGAUCAGUAAUGCUGUGCGUAUCGGCGACCUGACAGGUGCUCUGUCAAUCUACGAGGAGUCCAAGUCUACUGGGAUUAUUCCCGGUACGCCCUUAGUACACCCACUAGUCAAUGCUCUCUGCACCACUUCAAGUACUCUUGAUGAUAUGCCAAUCUCUUACAACAUCUUAUUUCGCGCAUUUGGCGCUUCCAAGAACGUCAAAAAGUACUAUCCUAUUGCGUUUUCCCUCCUUGAAGACAUGGAGGCUAGGAAUGUUGAACUCAACAGCCCGAUGGCUGCCUAUAAGCGAAUAUGCAAACGUCCCAAUUCGCCUCGCCUCGAUGCCAAAGGCUACCAAGCAAUCCUUCACACCCUGACCCAGCUCUCGUUUGGAGACCACGAAACAUUACCGUCCUUAGUGAAGGACAUGCAGAAGGCAGGGGUUGAGAUCACAGCUCCUGUGUACACUAUCCUCCUCCGGCAUCUCGCGUUGCUCUCAGCGGAACUGCCGCCCGAGGAGCGUGAUGCCCUUGCAGCGGCUGUGCGGAGGGCACAUGAUCACCUGACGCUCGACCCUUCCUUUACGCCCGAUACAGUACUUUGGAACCAGCUGAUGGACAGCUAUCAGCGCGUUGGGCUAUUCGCGGAGGCAUAUCGCGUUUGGGAAACGCUCUUUAUUACGGGGCGCUUCAAUCAAGCGAGCGUGUGCCUGAAGUUGACCAAGCUCGGGUUCAAGUUCAACUUGCGGACGUGGAAUACGUGGAUAGAGUGCAUGUGCCGUGUUGGGAAGCUUGAUGAUGCGCUCAAGGUUGUGUGUUUGGAGAUGGGGAAAGAUCAGCCGAACAUUGCGCCUGAUGUUAACACGGUCAAGGUACUUCUUUCGUUUGCUGCACGGACAAACCAGCAAGACGAGGUGAUGGACCGCAUCAAACGGUAUCUCCCUCAGCUAUGGCAUACGUUACCGAGAGAACUCGACGGAUAUUUCAUUAGAGAGCGGGCGACAGUAGUAGACCCAAAAUGAUCA